AUGACUUAUCUCAUCAUAGACAGUAUUAUUCUAAUGCUUCAAUUGGCUGUAAUUACCUUUGAUGGACUAAUACUCUUUGUUUUCAUUAGGAACAAGCAACUCUACCGAAAUAUUGCGCACCGACUCACAUUGUUUGUGGCUACUACCGACUUUCUACACGCUUUUACGACACUCCCAUAUACAAUCUACCUGACCAUAUUCUGCGCCACCGAACCUGUAAACCUAGAACCUUAUUACAUUAUGAUUUCCAGCACUCCUUUGAUUAUUCAGAUGAAAGUCAAAUUAACUUUGACAGCGGCAAUAGCUUUGCAGAGGACAAUGGCUUUAUUCUUUCCCAUUUCUUAUCGAAGUUCAUCUUCUACCCUAUUUACUUCUAUUUCACUACUACUAGGGGUUUCAUUAGCUUGUGGCGAUCUAUUUUUGGAAUUUAUUCUCUCACCUAUCAAAAGCAGUCCAGGUUGUGGAACAAUAGGUUGCUUUGUCAGUGAUCAGUUCCUCUUUUAUUGGGGCACCAGCAAUAUGGUUUUGGGCAUUGUUGUAGUUAUCUUUACGUUCAUGAUCCUCUUCAAGCUGCAUUCAAUCGAGAAGAAGCAAUCGGGCAACAAAUAUUCCAAUCGAGAGGCGAACGGAUAUAACCAGGCAAAUCGCACAACUGCAGGAAUUUUGCUCACAACUCUGUUUUUCCUCACUUUACCCAGUGUAGGUGUAGGAAUCAUGGAAAUGGUUGGCUUCUCUAUUUUUAGAAGAGUUGGCCCAUUUUAUAGCACAGGACUCCUUUGUGCGGGUUAG